AUGCAAACGCGUGGCCUGCACGCCCCGGAGUGUGAUAUGAACGACCUCGUGGAGUACAUUCACGGGACACAGACCAAUCAGAAGGAGAAAUUCCAGCUGGGUCCGACGCCGCCAAAUUGGCGACUCUACGGGAUUGACAAGACGCAUGAGCUGCUCGGCAACAUUACGCUCCAUAUUUGUCUUCGUCAGAUUCAACCACACAACCAGGAACCAAAAUAUGGGCAUUACUCUGUCGAAUUCGAUCACGAGGGAGCAACGAAAACGAUUGAAAACAUCAAGGGCCCGAUCGACCGCCAGUUUAUCUCUCUUCAAGGAAAAUUCGAAGCCGGUAAAACAAAGGCCAAUAUCACGAUGGAUAUACUUAACAACCAGGGUCACAUCGACCAUACGCAAGAUUUUGAGGCCAAGGAUCUGUCC